AUGCCUACAGAUACUGGGAAGAGAAUGCUAUCUCUGCAAGCUCUCUUGAACCCUGCCUCACCUGGCCAUUUUGUUACAAGCUUUCGGCAAUCUGAUUUAGUAUUGACGACGUCUUCUGCGUUACUACCAACAGAAGUUUUACAAACCACCGAUGUAUCGCCUUCCCCGAAGGACAAGUCAAUGGAAAGCGUCAGCAUGACCAGGUCGAAACCCCGGGGAUCGAUCAACUUUGCACCUUUCGAAGAAAUCGACCAAUUAUCAUAUCAAGAAAUAUGCCGGUUUCGCGUUAAUCCUUUUGGAAAGAUAUGGCAGAGCUGCCAACAUAUUCCCUACAACAGUUCAAAAAAGGACUUUUUCGAGAAGACUGGAAGAGAAAGCAUUGAAGUUUUCAAAUACGAAUUCCGUUUACCGGGCAAGGAAAAGUACUAUACUGUCAUGUGGGAUUACAACGUUGGUCUUGUUCACAUGACUCCAUUCUUCAAAUGCUUGGAGUAUACAAAGACCAUGCCGGCACAAAUGUUGAGUCAAAAUCCAGGCUUGAGAGAAAUAUCGCCUAGCAUUACUGGCGGCGCCGUUUCAGCCCAAGGAUAUUGGAUGCCUUACCGGUGUGCUAGAGCGAUAUGUGCGACUUUCUGCCAUAGUAUCGCAGGCGCACUGAUUCCCCUCUUUGGCCCUUCGUUUCCCUCCGAAUGUGCUCCAGCUCCCCCUAACGCUACUCACUGCAAAACCAUGGUGAUCAGUCAGCAAAUUAUACUCAAAGCAACUGAAGAGGUUGAGAAAUAUCGUCAGGGGAAAGAUGGUGGGCUUAUAAAGGCUGUCGGUGAAAUAAGCAGCUCUCAUCGGCGGGCCGUCGAAAGCUAUACAUUGCGUCGCAAACGGGAGAGCCAAACUACACUUGUGCCCAUAUUACCGUCGCAACCCCGUUCUGCCUGGACUCCAGUCAAUGGAUCAGCCACCAAAGGCCGCAUGAUGGAAGCUCCAGCCCCGAAUAUAGUGUGUGACAACCGCGGAUCCAACAAGGUCUUGCUAGGAACAAGCCGCAGCGCUCUUCCAAAUCAAUCUGCCCCGAGCCAGAAUCUUUGCCAGAAGGAGAAGGCCAGCAUAUCCAGCCCAUCACGAACAGAAGCGGACGUUUCCGAGGGUAAUUGGAGAUUCAAACGGCGUAAAAGAGCCUUUGACGAAUCGAGCACGACGCACCCGGCCGUUUUGCACAUGGAAGCACGUCGAGGAGAGAAGUCACAGCAAGAGCUGGAGCACUUGGGGGUAGCUGCGGUGCUACUGAGCCUGGCCACAGAUGUUCGAGACACGGCAUCUCCUUCUUCACCGGCUGUAGAAAUGCCAGACGACGACUGUCCCGAGCGACAUCACCAAAGGAAGCGACCAAAAGCUCUUUCAUUUUAA